AUGUCUCCCCUCAAGAUUCUCAUGCUCCAUGGCUAUACCCAAAACGCCAGCAUCUUCGGUAAACGACUUGCAGCUUUGCGAAAGUCCUGUGGCAAGGACAUAGAGCUUGUCUUCGUCGAUGCGCCGAAUGUUCUGCAUCCCGUCGAUAUUGCGAACACUUUUGCCUCAUCAUCUGAUUCCGAUCAGUCGAAUUCAUUAGCAGCUUUCGGCGCGGCAGAGGCAAGUACGAGUACAGAUGAUCCAUCACUGACCCCGCGCGCAUGGUGGAAAACCGAUCCCACUCGCACGCAGACCACUGGUAUGGAAGACAGCAUCGCAUACCUGAGAGAUCUGCUACGCGAUCAGCAAUUUGAUGGCAUUUUUGGAUUUAGUCAGGGAGCGGUCAUGGCAGUCUUGCUUUCUGCUUUGCUUGAACGACCCGACACUCAUCCCACCUUUUUGAUCAAUGGAAAGGCGCCACAUCCUCCAUUCAAAUUCUGCGUGGCUGUCUCUGGGUUCAAACCGCCAGGCUCACUCUCAGAAGCUCUCUUUAUAACACCAUUAGAGACACAGACUUUGUUGGUAACUGGCAAGAACGAUAUUCUUGUUACCGAAGAGCGGUCACGAACUUUGGAGGAAAUUACAAAGAACAAGAGGGUCGAGGUGCAUGACGGCGGUCAUUUCGUGCCGUCAAAGGCCAGCUGGCGCAACUUCUUCAGAGCAUACUUCAAGGACCCGCUCGGAGAUUUGACGAGUCCAGGAAUUACUACUGCUUCCGAGCCACCGUCAGGAAUCGCCACUCCAACGACCGAGACAAAUACACUCGCUCCGCCUUUGUGAAGUAGAGACAGAGACCUUCAUUUAGACCGAAAGUCUCUCAAUGUUCAUUAGAAGUGCUUGUAUGACGUUGACUGUGACGGAGUAAUGGAAGUCCAUCCUCGUGUACCACAGCGGCGAUUGCGCUAGCUAAGAUAUGGAGGAGUAGAAGGCAAACGUUUGUGCAUCAUAUGUGUCCAAUACGAUACGCGAAGAUCCAAGUUG